AUUUCUAUGUAAAUGUUAAUGAAGUAGUUCUACACAAUUAGAAACAUCACCAUCAACAGUGGAAUCUAAGCAUGUAGACUGUGCUUCAGCGGGCCAGUAAGUCACCUGUACCAUCAAUUGACGUUUUUAAGAUUUGAUAGGUUGCACACAACCUUGAAGAACAUGUCGUCAGCUAUUGCUGAUUUGAGUAAGACAAUACAAAACAUGUCUUCAGCAAUUACUGACUUGAGUACAAAUGUCAAGGUACUACUAGCGAAGUUUAGUGAACAUGAUCAUCCGCAUCAAUUCGAUUGCGGAGUAUCAAGUCAGCAGUUUCCUUUGUCAUCGGAAGAGGAACUGCAGAUGCUGGACACUGGGUUGCAGCAGAAGGAAACGAGGGACAGAUUUAUGGCGAUGCUGACGAGGUUAAUGGGUGAUGACCCUAAAAUGUCAAUGCGUUACGUUUUGUCGUACAUCAUGACACCUGAGGUGGCCAGUAAUUUCACAUUGCUGGGCACUUCUUCAAAGCGCGCACUUCAGAAAUGUCGGUUUUAUGGCUGCAUACGAAGUAACCUAUACUUAUAAAUUAAACUUCAGGUGCAUUGACAAAUCGCUUCUUGUCAUCCUCCGUUAAUGAAAAAGAUCUUGCGAAGCUUUACGACAUCGCGACACAAGGUUAUUUCCAUGACGUCAGAGACAAGUUGAUGAAGCGUAAUCGACGGAAGCAAGAGCAGUUGCAGUCAACAGUCUUAACGAACAUAACCGUAAGUUUAGCUUAAAGUACUUUUCUGUGUCUUCGGCCAUGUUUUUCAGAAUUCGUUUUGACUUUUCAUUUUUUUACUAUUCAGAAUUCACAGGACGACUGUUUUGACUGUCAAUAGCCGAACAAACGUUGCUGAAGAAUGUAGUCGGUGUAACUUUGUUUGAUGUUGUACCUAAUUUUUAAUAAACAUAUUUUCUUUAGAGAUCUUGAAUUCUUACUCAUUGUCAGUGAACUUUCGAUUAAAUGCACAUGUGUUAUAAAUAAGACAUCACAUGUUUCUUCUGUUGCAGAUCUCAAAGCACGACGAAUUUGGAAUUACAAAUGAAAUGCUAAAUGACUGAUGCUCAAGCUUCCGCUAUUAUGUUGUAAAACAAAACGCUUUUCCUUUGAAAUAAAAAUAUAUAAAC